CGUCACGUGGGCACGUUUGACAGCCGAGACAGGACGAGGAGGUAAUUUUGCGCAUGAACGAAAUAAUCUUGCGAUAAUUAUGUAACGUGCGGUGAAAUAGAAGUUUGACGUGAGACUAUUUAUGACGUGUUAACGCUGGAGAAUCAUGUUGUCUCUGAAUCAGCUGUGUUCCAAGCCAGGUAUUUACCUGACGCACGUGUCAUCCGAGUCAAUCUUGUUCAAGAGAUUCGAACAUCGAUUUAACGCCAAGCACACUGCAAGGAAACUGUACGAGACGCUGGGCGUAGCAGAGAAUUGCGAGGAUGAAACCUUGAGAUUGGCAUUUGUUCAUCUUGCGAAACGGUUUCAUCCGGAUAGCGGAGCACCGGAAGCCGAUGCCGUUAGAUUUUCCCAGAUUGAAAGUGCUUAUAGACAGAUUCGAAGAAUCAGAAAUGAUCAGAGAGAUAAGGAAACAUCACCGGAGGUGGAAGAGUUUGAUAUCAAGCAUACAGCACCACAACAUCGUCACUACUUGAACUUUGACGUAGGAAUCGGUACACCAAGCAAAAGGCAAAAAUUACACACGAUACAAAGGGCUCAGAAGGCAGUUGAUAAUGUGAUGGAGCACAGAUUGAAGAAGUUACAGGCUGAAGAGCGCAACACGUUAAUUGGCAUGGAUAAGCAAAAAGCUAAGGACAUCAAAACCCGUUAUGGUAUGGAUCGUUUAGUGGAAGACUUGAUUCAAGAGGCAAUGAACAAGGGUGAAUUCAGUGAUUUACCUGGAAUGGGAAAGCCGCUGAAGAAUACAAACGCCAGAAAUCCUUACGUCGAUUUUGUGACUCACAAAUUGAAUCAGAUAUUGAUAGACAAUGGAUUCACUCCAGAAUGGAUACAACUGUCAAAGGAAAUUAGGGAGGAGACCGAAGAACUGCAAAAGAGAUUGUCAGAAGCACGUAACAACGUGGGCGAGUUACCAUUGAGUCCGGAAGAUGAAUUGAUAUGGAAAGACAAAUUAAAACAAUUUCAGACUGCAACAAAGCAAAUAAACAAUAAAAUUGAUAAGUAUAAUUUGUUAGUUCCUAUACUGCAGAAACAAAUGCUUCAUGUUAGAUUAGACGAGCUCGCCAAGAAAGCGUUAUCGGUGCCGCCUUCGAAAAAUAUAAAAAAAUACACAGAUACUAGUUAUGAAGGUAUGAACGAGAGCAUAUCUCAGGACUUGUUUAAUUUCAUAAGUAACUUGUUUAGUAAAAAAAUUACUUAGAUAUAUAUGGAAAAUAUGUGAUAUAAAUACCACAAAUUUGUUUCUACAUAUAUAAAUAACGAGAUUAAGAUGUAACAAUAUAAAAAAAUA